UUACUCAGAAGCAUCUCAUAGUUGUGGCGGGUAAGUGUGUCUCCGCCGUGAGUUUUGCCGUUAAACCGUUACACUAAAACCACCGGUACCGGGCCGGCAGUGUGACUGUUGGACCGGAGAGUGAGAGGCCGGACCGGCUCACCGGGACACCGGCUCACCGGGACACCGGCUCGGGCUGUAGUCCGUCUGUUGUCAUGCUACCGGCAGACAGAGAGUUGUUAGCAUGCUAGCUGGAGGGGAGCAGACAGCAGCAGUCUGAUACCGUUUACUGGACUGAACACACGGUAACUCCGGUCUGAGCUGACGAGGUCAUGUUUCUCCAGAAUGAGCUCCACCCGCAAACGCUUCAAACUCACCCCGUCCAAAUCCCAACCCCCCGCCGCCACAGCCACUGCCCGGAGCGUCAGACCGCCACACUCCAGUCCUCAGCUCAGCUCCCAUGAUGCUUUGCUGCUGCCGUUUCCUCCUGCAGGGGGCGGAGCUCAGGAGGAGGAGGAGGAGGGGUACCUGCUUGUGGAGGAAGACACCACAGACUCCAGCCUCAUCAUCACCAUGGACGACAGUCACGUGGAGGGGAAGGCAGCGAGGAGGAGGGCAGUGAGGAAGAGGAAGAAGAAGCUGACAGAGGAGGAAGAGGAGGAGAGGGGCGGAGCCUCAGAGAGUGAGGAGGAGGAGGAGGAUGAAGAGGCGGAGGUAGAGGUGGAGAUCGACAGGCAGCUUGACCAGUCACUGGAGACCAAGUCCAAACAGCACAACUUGACCACAGUCAAUGUCCGCAACAUCAUCCACGAAGUGAUCACCAACGAACAUGUGGUGGCCAUGAUGAAAGCUGCCAUCAACGAGACCGAGGCCGUCCCUCCAUUUGAGCUGAAAAUGACUCGAUCCAAGUUUAAAGAGGUCGUGGAGAAAGGAGUGGUGAUUCCAGCCUGGAACAUUUCUCCCAUAAAGAAGACAAGUGAUGUCAACAAGGCUCCUCAGUUUGUGGACAUCCCUCUGGCUGAGGAAGACUCCUCUGAUGAAGAGUACCGUCCUGAUGAGGAAGAGGAGGAUGAGACGGCUGAAGAUACGUUCCAGGAGAGCGACAUGGAGAGCACGGCGUCGUCCCCCAGAGGAAGUCGUGUGAGCAGAGUGGACGAUGACAGCUGCAGCCCCUGGCAGACUUCUCGGAGGCGUUUGAGAGCGAGGCCUGUCUCUAUGGGACCUCCCCCUCCUCCCAAAGCCCCACCCCCUAGAGCAGCGACUGACAGCACCUUCCUGGAGAAGCUUCACGCUGUGGAGGAGGAGCUAGCUGUGUGCAUGGAGCCCUACCAGCCGCUGUCGGAGUCAGAGGAUGAAGUGGGGCUGAUGGCGUACAGAACGCGCUCCAAGCGUCCUCUACGUGAUGUCCCGCUGGGCCGACUGGAGGCGGAGCUCCGAGCUCCUGACAUCACACCUGACAUGUACGACUCCAGCUCCGCCCACGAGGACAGGGAGUGGACUGAUUGGCUGAGAGGCCUGAUGACGUCAGACAUGGAAAAUGAAGAGGAGUGUGAUGAUGAAGAUGAUCCAGAGUACAACUUCCUGGCUGACAUCGAUGAACCUGAUGUUGAGGAUUACCGUGACGACAAGGCCGUCCGCAUCACCAAGAAGGAGGUGAACGAACUGAUGGAAGAGCUGUUUGAGACGCUGAAAGAAGAUCUGGCGGGACAGGAAGUGGAAGAUGACGGCCAUGAAGAGGAGGAGGAGCCACAGGAGGAGCCUCACUCUGUUCAAACGCACACAGCUGAGGAGCAGCACCACAUAGGACCAGACGGAGACGGACCAAUCACAGAGCUGCGUACAGUGAAGCAGCAGCUGGCGUCCAUCAGGAAGAGACAGCAGACACACACACUGUGUAACACACACACACACAGUCCAGAGCCGUACACACUGAAGCUGGGAGGACCGCAGAGGGCCCGCCUCCACCAGCAGCUACAACAGGGCUGCUGGGAGGGUUGUGGGAGUUUGCCCAUCCAGUCUACGUGUGGACUUGGAGAAGGGUUACGACUGCGGGUGUCUUUUGGGGGGUACCAGGGUCGCCGCUACGAGCCAUCUGGUUCCUGUGAGAGCUGCAUCUGCAUCCUCGGUGUAAAGUCAAUCACGUUCUCGCAUGUCCAGCUGCUGACUCAGAUUCACCUGCUGAGCUCACCUGUGGUCAGACUGCAAAGCGAGGCCGAGACCACCCGACAAUUCCUGUUUGAGUUGGACCUGUUGGCUCAGAGGGGUGAGCUGCUGAUGUCAUCAGGAUGUCCCGGUUUCUGCAGCGCCUUCAGAGCCUCCAACCUGCAGGGGGCGCUGCAGCUGCUGGAGGAGCUGCAGCAGACUCCCAUCAGCCACCAGCAGCAGCACCACCCUCCGGACGCCAGAGGACACAUGCGUUGUUACCCCGUCCUGCCAACUGAACUUGCCUGGCUCUUUGCCACCCGUCUGGUCUUCCUGUACCCAGAGCUGCUGCCCUGCGCCAGCCUGGACCCAGCUCUGUACUGCCCCCGCAGGACGGCGGCGUUCACUGCAGCUGAGGACUGCCUCCUGGUCCUCGGCCUCAGAAACAUGGAGGGGUCAUGUGACCCGACGAAGCUGGUGUCUCAGUUCCUGCUGAGGAAGACUCUGGUCCAGGUGAGGCGGAGGAUCCUGCAGUGCUGCAGACCUGGUUCCCCUGACAACAUUGUCAAGGCCUUCAGGUACCAGCGGGUGUUGUGGCCAAUGAUGGUGGCGUGCCGGCCGGUGGAGCCGUCAGAGCAGCGCCCCCCAGUGGAGAGGGAGGAGGAGUCAAUGCCCCUGUGGCUGCUGAGGAGCCUUCCUGUCAUCUACCCAACCAUCAGAGACUACAACAGCCCCUCUGGCUCCGCCCCAGAGGCCCUGCCCCCCUGCAGGUCAGGUGGCGCCCGCCAGAGUCACAUGACCCUCCGACGCUCCGCGUCCCAAAUCUACAGCUUCCCUCCUGGCACCAAGUACCCGCCCCGCCUCCCCAAACAGCUCGACUUCAGACGCAUCGGCUUUGUGCAGCUGCAGCAGCCCCUCCCCCCUCCUCCCCCUGACACCUCCCCCCUCCCUGACAGACAGGUGGACGCCUCCCCCCUCCCUGACAGACAGGUGGACGCCUCCCCCCUCCCUGACAGACAGGUGGACGCCUCCCCCCUCCCUGACAGACAGGUGGACGCCUCCCCCCUCCCUGACAGACAGGUGGACGCCUCCCCCCUCCCUGACAGACAGGUGGACGCCUCCUCCCUCCCUGACAGACAGGUGGACGCCUCCCCCCUCCCUGACAGACAGGUGGACUGCCCACAAGCUCUCAGGCCUCCCCAGGUUCUCCUCCGCCGCCUCCUCCUGAGCAGGACUGACACCCCCCCUGACGUCAUCAGCACCGCUACCGUCUGCAUGACAACCAGAGAUCGAAUUAGGCACCACUACAAGACCCUCGCCAGCCUGAGGAAGAGGAGAAGGAGGAAGGGAAGGAGGAGGUCGUUGUCUGCUUCACCUCCUGCCCAGAACAGAGGAGGAGCGAGGAGGAGGGAAGGAGAGGAUGUAACUCCUCCUCUUCCUCUAGAAGGUCCCGCCCCCUCACAGGUGGAGAUGCAGGAGGGUGAUGAUGUCAUCAAGACAAGUGAGGAGGAGGGGGAUGAAGAGGAGGAGAGCGAGGUCCUACUGGCGCUCUCUGAGUCCUCGUCCAGCUCAACAGAAAGUGUGGCAGUUGAGAAGGAGGCAGAGUUAGAGAGUGGACAGGAAGCGACCGUGACACCAUCCAGAGCAGCAGCAGCAGCAGCAGAAGAUGAUGAUGAUGAUGAUGAUGAAGGAGAGGCAUCUUCAGAUGAGUCCAUCCUCCAGCUGCAGGAGGAGGAGUCCUCAGAGGAUGAUGAAGGGCAGAGGAAAUGUGAGGACGAGGCGUUCGCUCAGGAUUACCUGCUCAGAGUGUGUGAUGCGGUGCAGGUGUCCCCAGGCGUCUCUGAACAGCUGCUGCAGCUGUUGGAUCAGUCCUCGGCGGCAGCGGCAGAGGUUCUGUACAACGGACUGAAGUGUGUCCUGCGGCCGUGGCCUCAGCUGACCAGAGACUUCGCCGCCUUCCUGAGUCGAGGACAGGCCCACCGCUGUGGGCUGCUGGAGGAGCAGCAGCUGUUUGAACGCAGCCGGCGGUUUCUGCGGCUACUGGGGCGGAGCCUGGGAGAAGGCUCCUCCCUCUACCAACAUGUGGUGUCAGUGCUGCAGGCAAGCUCCACCCCCCCACCUGAGGACAUGGAGCAGAUCUCGUCUCUGCUCAGACGCCACUCUGACCUGCAGGAGGAAUUCUGGGAAUUCUUCAAACAGCUUCACGGCCAGUCGUCACCAGUAGCAACUGGCCCAAAGACCAUAGAGAGGGACUGCAUCACCCAGAAUCCUCCAGACGGGAACAGGAAGAGAGCUGAGGCGUCUGAUGAGUUGGAGCGACCCGUCUGUGCCAAAAACAUCUCCAUGACCUCGAGUGGAGAGAAGGUCAUCGUCUGGACACGUGAGGCAGACCGCGCCAUCCUGACAGCCUGUCAGCAGAGAGGAGCCAAUCAGAAAACCUUCAGACAGGUCUCCACCCAACUGGGAAACAAGACCGCCCAACAGGUGAGCCGGCGCUUCUACGACCUCAUGAACCUUUUCCACUCCGCCUUCCAAAAGGGCCAGCCAAUCAGCCGACAGGACGCAGCCCGGGACUGAAUGCGUGGCCAGUCAGAGAGGAGAAUGUGUUCCAGAUGGAAAAUGUGUCGUGUUUCCGUUACACCCAGACAGUGUUACUAUAAGCUAAUAAAACGUGAUCCAUGAAUGUAUCAAUGACUCUGGAACAUGUUCCGUGUUCAGGAACGUGUUACUGGAAUGAGUUCUACGAGAGAGGUUAAAGGUCGGUAGAGUUCUUAGAUCUAAUAUGAGUCACUGUGAAACGCUCAUGAAUUUGCCAAUCCAAGGGUAUUGAAGGAAUGGUUUGCCUUACUCUGCCUCUGAUUUGCUUACCCUAACGUUGUUACCCUGACCUUCUUACCCUGACCUGCUUACCCUGACGUUCAUACCCUGACCUUCUUACCCUGACCUGCUUACCCUGACAUUCAUACCCUGACCUGCUUACCCUGACCUGCUUACCCUAAACCUAAACCUAAACAAUCAUGCAAACAGAGCCAACAAGUACUGGCCAAUCGGAGGGUAUGUAGGGUGGGUUGUUCCUUCGCUACCCUAGAAUACGCAACUAUGUUGGUAGAACUUGUUCUUUGGGCAAAUAAAAACUCAGUACAAAGGCAUUUUUAACGUUCUCAUCAGAUUGACCGUUUCAGUGAUCGUCCUGAUCCCAUGACAGGGACUAGGGAACGUUUCGAAGGUUCUCUCGUUCAGAACCAACAGAUUGUUCCAUCUGUUGGAGGUUUGAAGGAACCAAUCGCAGCUCUCCAUCCUCGUCUUUAUUUAUAUUUAAUGAUUAUUUAUUGUUAAUUUAUCAUCUCUGAUCUCACCGUGACUCUGCCUUCUGGGAAACAAGGGGGCGUGGCCGCAGUGAGGUCAGGAAGGAAGCGCUAAAACAAACAAACUGUGAAAAAAAACUUUCAACAAGUUCUCAUUCAGAAUUUCUUCCGUCUGUUUUAAAGUUCCUUAGUGUUUUGUUUGCUUGUUUAUUUACACCAUUAGUCUUCCCAUGAUGCACUGGGGUUAAACUGCCCCAUCAGUCCCAUGAUUCCUAGUGGCCUUAUGUAGGUAUUAGUGUAGGAAGUACUGAUGUUUAUCUUGGUGUUAGUGAUCCUGAUGUGCUACAGAAACUUUUUAUUCAUAUUGAAUAUGAAUGAAUGAAUAAAUGAAGGUCAAAGGCUUCAAUAAAACAUUUUUACAUGGUUUUCAAAAA